CAUCUCCAAAUUCCAAAAAACAACCCUCACCAUCACUCACCACCUUCUCUCUUUCUUUCUCUUCUCUCUCUUAUAUAUAAAAAUCCUCAAUCACAUAGACACAGACAAAAUCACAAUUUAGCAACAACAAAAAUGGAAAUAUUGUCACAAAUGUGGUCUCUCUUAGGCCUCCUCACACUCCUCCAAAACAUCUUACCCUCCCAACUCCUCUCCCUCUUAAACUCCUUCUAUGAAUCCCUCCAAGACCUCCUCACCCCUUACUCCUACUUCGAAAUCCCCGAAUUCAACGACCACUCCACCCUCGACCCCAACGACCUCUACCGCCACGUCAACCUCUACCUCAACUCCAUCAUCACUGCCACCACCACCACCACCACCACUUGUCGCCGCCUCGCCCUCUCCCUCUCCAAAUCCUCCACCUGCAUUUCCUUCACCAUCCCCCCCAACCACACCGUCCCGGACUCCUUCCUCGACCACCAACUCUCCUGGAUCCACCACGUCGACACCGUCCAAGACUCCCUCGACGAAAAGCGAAACUUCACCCUAAAAAUCCCCAAGCGCCACCACCUCUCCCUCCUCCUCCCCUACCUCCGGCACGUGUCCUCACGUGCCGAGGAGUUCGAGCGUGGGUCCCGAGAACGGCGACUCUUCACCAACAAUGGGCACCAAUGGGUCUCCGUCCCCUUCCGCCACCCUUCCAAUUUUAACACGCUUGCGCUCGAGCCUGACUUAAAAACACAAAUCACAGAGGACCUAAGAGUAUUUUCCCAAGGAAAAGAAUUCUAUCACAGAAUCGGACGUGCAUGGAAGCGUGGGUAUUUGUUGCAUGGCGCACCCGGAACCGGUAAAUCGAGCCUCAUUGCUGCCAUGGCUAACCUUCUAUGCUACGACGUGUAUGACCUUGAGCUCACCAAAGUUUCAGACAACUCAGAGCUCAGAUCUUUGCUUGUUCAGACUACGAAUCGAUCAAUCAUUGUGAUUGAAGACAUUGAUUGUUCUCUGGACUUGACUGGUGAUAGGUUGUUGAACAGGACUCGGUGUGUCGACGGUGACUGUGAUGAUAACCCGCGGGUGACAUUAUCGGGGCUUUUGAACUUCACUGAUGGACUGUGGUCUUGUUGUGGAGAAGAAAGAAUCAUAGUUUUCACUACCAACCAUAGAGACAAUGUCGACCCGGCGCUCAUUAGAUGCGGACGCAUGGACGUGCACGUUAGUCUCGGCACGUGUGGAGUGCAUGCGUUCAAGGCCUUGGUGAUGAACUACCUGGGUGUGGAGUCCCAUGUGAUGUUUGACGUGGCGGAGAGUUGUAUAAGGUCGGGCGGGGCCCUCACGCCAGCUCAGAUCGGAGAGAUCUUGUUGCGGAACAGACUGGAUGCUGACGUGGCAAUCAAGGCGGUGAUAUCAGCAAUGCAAGCCAAGAUUUUGGGUGCUGAUGUGGACUUCAACAACAGUAGACACGAGUAUGAUGAUGUGGUGGGGAAGACGGUGGAGAGUGGUUAUCGGAAGGUGAUGGUUUUAUCGCCGGCGAAUUGGGAGGAUUCGGAGUGGAGGCUUGGAGGGAAGAAGAAGAAGAAUGAGGGGUCAACUUGGGAGAGGAAGGUCAAGUUUCUAGUGAGACUCAAAUCGUUGACCAAGUCUGACUCUGGAAGGAGAGGUGUGUGAAUUCUAAUGUUAGCUUUUGCUAGUCCUAACCUUGGGGACCAUGUAUACACCAAAUUGUGAUAUCAAUGUGUGAUAUGGUUAGUUGGUGGACCCUUUUUUCUUAAAAUUAAUAACAUUUAAAGUAGUGAUUUUCCUAUGUAUA